CAGAGCUGGCGCGCACAGGAAACCACGCGCCCUUCAAAGGCACCUGUGCUGCUUAGCGCUGCGCUUCCUGAGCUCGCCGGGCACUGCCUCUCCGACCUGCCUCAGAAAAGCAAGCCUCUUCUGGUUGGACCCGGACCUGCCUUGAGGCACCCAGAGAUUUAAAAAAUGAACCCCACAGAGACAGCCGACACCACCAUGGAUGAAAGCGUGUAUAGCAACUACUAUCUCUAUGAAAAUAUACCCGGGCCUUGCACCAAAGAAGGUGUCAAGAAAUUUGGGGAGCUGUUCCUGCCGCCCCUGUACUUCUUGGUCUUCGUGUUCGGCCUGCUCGGCAAUUCUGUGGUGGUCCUGGUCCUGUUCAAGUACAAGAGACUCAAGUCCAUGACCGACAUGUACCUGCUCAACCUGGCCGUCUCCGACCUCCUCUUCGUGCUGUCCCUCCCUUUCUGGGGCUACUACGCCGCCGACCAGUGGGUGUUCGGACUGGGCCUGUGCAAGGUCGUCUCCUGGAUGUACCUGGUGGGCUUCUACAGCGGCAUAUUCUUCAUCAUGCUCAUGAGCAUCGACAGGUACCUGGCCAUCGUGCACGCGGUGUUUGCCUUGAGGGCGAGGACCCUGCGCUAUGCCGUCAUCACCAGCGUGGCCACGUGGUCCGUGGCCAUCUUCGCGUCCCUUCCUGGCCUUCUGUUCAGCAGCUGCUACACCGAGCACAACCGCACUUACUGCAAAACCAGGUACUCGUUCAACGCCACGACGUGGAAGGUUCUGAAUUCCCUGGAGGUCAACGUCCUGGGCUUGGUGAUCCCCUUGGGCAUCAUGCUGUUCUGCUACUCCACGAUCGUCAGGACCUUGCAGCACUGUAAGAACGAGAAGAAGAACAAGGCGGUGAAGAUGAUCUUCGCCGUGGUGGUCCUCUUCCUCGGGUUCUGGACGCCUUACAACGUCGUGGUCUUCCUGGAGAUGCUGGUGGACCUAGAAGUGGUUCAGAACUGCACCUUCGAAAAGUACCUGGACUUGGCCCUCCAGGCGACAGAAACCCUGGCUUUCGUUCACUGCUGCCUCAACCCGGUCAUCUACUUCUUCCUGGGGGAGAAGUUUCGCAAGUACAUCGUUCAGCUCUUCAAAACCUGCAGGGGCCUGUCCGUGCUCUGCCAGUACUGUGGGCCCCUCCGGAUUUACGUCGCCGACACCCCCAGCUCCUCUUACACGCAGUCCACCAUGGAUCACGAGCUCCAUGACGCCCUGUGAAAAAUGCAAAUGCAAAACACAGAGCUGACGGGCGUCUCACGUUUCAAGCUCACUUACGGUCGUCUUUUGGUCAGGGUUCCCCGAGCAGGUGUCAGGAGAAGGCUUACCUCGUUAGUGAAGAGCGGCCUUCCACCGUGUGGUCAGCUUUUCCUCUUCCAGUGGAUAAGUCCAGUGACUAUGGCCGGGGUUUGCCUGCACCGAGGCAUCCUCCCUCACACCAGGCUCGUCUUCAGGGACAAGUAAGUCGAGCAGUGUUCUGAUGAGAUUAUAGAUACUAUCGAAAAAGGAAAAGACCACCCCUUCUAACCUGAUCUGAUUGGGUUCUUCAGAGAACAGUGGGAUCCUGGUGGACAAAAUUGCUUCUUUCUGCUGUGAAAAAAGUGGACCCUCUCAUUACUUUCUAGCUCUUCUGGAACAAUCUAAGAAAACUUUAGCAUUGCUGCCCUACUGCUUUCUAAUAAGAAGUCUGGGCGUGGUGUAUUCUAUGAAGCCCGCCGCGUGUAGAAACAAUUAGUGAAGUGAUGAGCCCACAUCUUGAUUCUUGUAAAGAAUUAUUGUAAAAUGAAGCCAGACUUUUUAUGCCAAUUUCAAGUGUCAGGAUAUGAAGGUAUCAGCCUGGCGUGAUCUCCAGACAUUAAAUACAAGAUGUUCAAACUCCGAACGUACUCGUGGAAAUUCAAACGCGGUUUCAUUUGCUUGUGGGCAUUCUUUAUUGUAAUGAUCACAGAUGUGCAUUCCGAUUUCAAAAAUAAUGCAUAGGCCAAGAAUGCAUUUUACUUGUUUGUAUACAAUGCAUUCAGAAUUAAGAAUAAGGAGAGGCCAGCAGGUGGCAUGGUUAGGAUACUGAACUCCCAUGUGGCCGACUGUGGUUUGAGUCCUGGACCUGGCGGCUUGCUUUCUCA